AUGGAGUCGGCAAGGGGCCCCCCGAAGGUCAAGAACAAGGCCGCGGCCCCCAUCCAGAUCUCGGCAGAGCAGCUCCUGCGCGAGGCCGUCGACCGUCAGGAGGUCGCGCUCCAGGCGCCGACGCAGCGCUUCUCCGAUCUUGAGGAGCUCCACGAGCAUCAGGGGCGCAAGCGGCGCGAGUUUGAGGACUACGUGCGACGGAACCGCGUCCAGCUCAACAACUGGCUGCGCUAUGCCGACUGGGAGAUCCAGAACAAGGAGCUGGCGCGUGCCCGGUCCAUCUUUGAGCGCGCGCUCGAUGUGCACCCCAAUUCGGUGUCGCUAUGGCACAGGUAUAUCGAGGCCGAGAUGAAGACGCGCAACAUCAACCAUGCGCGCAACCUGCUCGAUCGCGCCGUCGCGCGCCUGCCCCGCGUCGACAAGAUGUGGUACAAGUACGUGUACAUGGAGGAGAUGCUUGGAAACGUGCCGGGCACGCGGCAGGUGUUCGAUCGCUGGAUGCAGUGGCACCCCGAUGAGGCUGCGUGGAGCGCGUACAUCAAGCUGGAGAAGCGCUACGGCGAGUUUGACCGGGCACGCGACGUCUUCAGGAGGUUCAUCACCGUUCACCCCGAGCCUCGAAACUGGAUCAAGUGGGCAAAGUUUGAGGAGGAGUACGGGACGAGCGACAUGGUCCGGGAGGUUUUCAACAUGGCCAUUCAGGAGCUGGACGAGUUUGCGGACGAGAAGCUCUUCAUCGCGUACGCCCGCUACGAGGCCAAACUCAAGGAGUACGAGAGGUCGAGGCUCAUCUACAAGAUUGCCCUCGACAAGCUGCCGAGGUCCCGGUCCAUGGCGCUGCACAAGGCCUACACAACUUUUGAAAAGCAGUUUGGCGACGAGUCUGGCGUCGAGGACGUUGUGCUGUCGAAACGGCGGGUACACUACGAAAACCAGGUCAAGGAGAAUCCCAAAAACUACGACAUCUGGUUCGACUACACGCGGCUCGAGGAGACAUCGGGAGACGUGGAUCGCAUCAGGGACGUCUACGAGAGGGCGGUUGCGCAGGUUCCACCAGCACAGGAGAAACGAUUCUGGAGGCGAUACAUCUACCUGUGGGUCUACUACGCCAUCUGGGAGGAGCUCGAGGCCAAGGAUAUUGAGAGGGCGCGGCAAAUCUACAAGGUCUGCCUCGAUCUGAUUCCGCACAAAAAGUACACCUUUGCCAAGAUCUGGCUCUUGAAGGCGCAGUUCGAGAUCCGCCAAGGCGAGCUCACAACGGCGCGCAAGACGCUGGGACAAGCCAUCGGCAUGUGCCCCAAGGACAAGCUGUUCCGCGGCUACAUUGAGCUGGAGCUCAAACUCUUCGAGUUUGUCAGAUGUAGGACCCUGUACGAGCGAUUCCUACAGUACAACCCGGCCAACUCGCAGACAUGGGUCAAGUUUGCCGAGCUGGAGCGUGGCCUGGACGAUCUCGACCGCACGCGAGCCAUCUUUGAGCUCGCCGUCGGCCAGCCGGUCCUCGACAUGCCCGAGCUGCUCUGGAAGGCAUACAUCGACUUUGAGGAGGAGGAGGGCGAGUACGAGCGCGCGCGAGAGCUGUACGAGCGGCUUCUCGAGAAGACAGAUCACGUCAAGGUCUGGAUCAGCUAUGCCCACUUUGAGCUCGGCGCCUCGGAAGAGGACGAGGCCGACGACGAGAACGAGGAGCAGCCAGUCAGCGAGGAGGCCAAGGCGCGGGCGCGCAAGGUCUUCGAGCGCGGCCACAAGGGCAUGCGUGAGCAGGAUCUUAAGGAGGAGACGGUGACGCUGCUGAACGCGUGGCUGUCGUUUGAAAAGGCGCACGGCUCGGCGGAGGACGUUGAGAAGGUGCAGAAGCAGAUGCCGCGCCGCGUCAAGAAGAGGCGUCUGCUGGAAGACGACACGCACGAAGAGUACAUCGACUACGUGUUCCCGGCCGAUGACCAGCAGUCCCAGAGCCUCUCGAACCUGCUGGCCAUGGCGCAGGCAUGGAAGCAGCAGGGCGGCGGCGAUGCCGCGUGA